GCGGUGCCACAGUUAGGGCAGGGAUAUAUCCGGCAGAAAAAAAGAGUGAUUUCAGCAGCAGCAGCGGCUUCAGAGUAGUGGAUUCAGUUAGGUACACGUUGGGUGUGUUCUAACAUUCGUUUUCUGGGAAUACUUAAAGUUGUCCUUUAAGGAGAUAUGAAACGAGGGGUUGUACGACAGAGCAAAUUCCGUCAUGUCUUUGGCCAGGCGGUGAAGAACGAUCAAUGCUACGAUGAUAUUCGUGUUUCAAGGGUCACAUGGGACAGUUCGUUUUGUGCAGUCAAUCCCAAGUUUGUUGCCAUAAUCAUUGAGGCCAGUGGUGGUGGUGCUUUUUUUGUUCUGCCUCUUCACAAGACAGGACGCAUUGACAAAUCCUACCCCACAGUGUGUGGUCACACAGGCCCAGUGUUGGACAUUGACUGGUGCCCCCACAAUGAUCAUGUCAUUGCCAGUGGCUCUGAGGAUUGCACAGUGAUGGUAUGGCAGAUUCCUGAGAAUGGCCUUGUCAUGCCCAUGUCUGACCCAGUGGUUGUACUGGAAGGCCACUCGAAGCGUGUGGGCAUCAUUACAUGGCAUCCAACAGCACGCAAUGUCCUUUUAAGUGCAGGUUGUGACAACCAGAUCAUUAUCUGGAACGUGGGGACAGGUGAAUCCAUGAUCACUUUGGACGACAUGCACCAAGAUGUCAUUUACAACGUGUCCUGGAACCGCAACGGCAGUCUUAUCUGCACCUCCUGCAAGGACAAGGCCAUCCGGGUCAUCGACCCCCGGCGAGUGGAGAUUAUUGCUGAGAAGGAAAAGGCACGUGGGGGCGCCCGCCCCAUGCGAGCCAUUUUUCUGUCUAAUGGCAACAUCCUCACCACGGGUUUUAGCCGCAUGAGUGAGAGACAGUUAGCUCUCUGGAACAUGCAAAACAUGAAAGAGCCAAUCGCUGUUAAUGAGAUGGACAGCAGCAACGGCGUGCUGCUGCCAUUCUAUGAUCCAGACACCAAUGUGGUUUACCUCUGUGGGAAAGGUGACAGCAGCAUCCGUUACUUUGAAAUCACAGAUGAGCAACCUUAUGUCCACUUCCUCAACACCUUUGUAACCAAGGAGCCACAGAGGGGCAUGGGCUACAUGUCAAAGAGGGGCCUUGAUGUCAAUAAGUGUGAAAUUGCAAGGUUUUACAAACUGCAUGAAAGGAAGUGUGAGCCCAUUGUGAUGAUUGUGCCGAGGAAGUCGGACCUGUUCCAGGAUGACUUGUACCCAGAUACAGCUGGACCUGAAGCUGCCCUGGAGGCAGAGGAGUGGUUUGAGGGUAAGAAUGGAGACCCCAUACCCAUCUCUCUGAAGAAUAUCUAUGUUCCAGUCAAGAACCGUGAGUUCAAGGUUGUCAAAAAGAACAUACUGGACAGCAAGCUGACCAAGGACAUGGGAAACUCAAGCUCUGCCAUCAAGUCUGCCUCCCCUACUCCUUCAAUUAAUUUAGAGGGAAAGCUGGAGGAGAUCUUGAAAGAAAUAAAAUCCCUCAAAGACCUGGUCAGCAGUCAAGAGAAGCGAAUCAUCCAACUUGAAGAACAAAUGUCCAAAAUUGCCAUGUAAAGACCGGUUCCCUCCUAAAUCCCACUACAAUUCAGGACAUUCUAUAGGCUGGGUGUUGGGCAGGACUAGUCACUGCCAAUCGCACUGACAGUAUUCAUCUUAAUGUCCUGCUCAGCAACGAUUUCCAGCAACAUUCCAGAUGAACUUUUUUUUUUUCCUGCCAUUCCCUGACCCUCAGUUUAACACAGGUGGAAUAAAAAGGUGUGACAAAAUUUCCAGAAAAUAUUCUUGCUUUUUGGUGACAAAGGACCUUUUAAGUUUAAGUUCCAAGGUCUUAUACUGUUGUUUUUGUUUAACAGCAACCACUUCAACUCCUGUGUCAACUCUUCACUUUACAUAACCUACUCUAAAACUCAAAUGUUGCCAAAAAUGUAAUUUUGUUUACACCUCCUCCCCUAUAUUUUCUUUAUCUCUUGUGAAAAUCACAAGUCAUAAUGCCAACAGGAAUCUCAAACCGUAUCUAGUAUAAAAAUUAGACUUUCACAAACAUGUAUUGUUUUGUUAGAAAAAGGUGAUUGAUAUUGACACUCUUAUUAGGAUGUGAAUUCAACUUAUUUAGCUGCACAGGAUCAAUUAUCAUUACAGUCUCUGAAGCUGAACAACCCAACAGCUGCUUCUUGCUCCUUCCAUUCCUGUUGCUUAAAUCACUUUGAAUGUGGACAUUGUUAUCCUCGUGUUCAUGCAUUCCUAUCUUGCAUCAUUAACCUGUACUGUGUGGAUAUAAGAGGAAGUGACAACCCACCCUGUUGGACACUUACUAUUUGGUGGGCAGCAGGGAUAUCAUUUAAUGGUCACAGGAUGGUGCCAACACACAAGUCGUCAAAUGUGAUUAUUUUUAUCUCAGGAACUGAUUUAUUUUGAGACCAAAUAAUCACAUGUUGGCAGUGUAAGUCAAUCCAGUCAUAUAAAAAUAAUAUUAAUAACAGACAUUUGGGGCCAGGACUGUGGAUGGAGACUUGUGCCUUGUGUAUUUUUGGCUUAAAAAAUAAAAAAAUAAAAAAAAUAAAAUUCUGAUUGUCGUUAUAAAGUGGUCAUUUUAGAAGACCUGCCUUCAAAUUGAAUCAGGUCCUGUUAAUUUUUUUCCCACUAAUUCUCAUUCCAUCUGUGUUUAAAUCUUACAUAGCAGUCCCACUCUUUUUCUUCUAUUCCCCUAUUCAACAGUCAUUCCAAAAACAAAGAACCAUUGAGUGGAUCAGUCAGAGGUAUCUUGCUAAGAUAAAAAGAAAAUGUUUUUUUGUUGUUGUUAAGUUGUAGUCAUUGCUUCCCAGUGGAAGGCUAAGACGGGUAUGGUUCAGUCUGUUGUUUGCCUUCAAGCAUUGUUACCACAGUAAAGACCUGAACGUGCCAUAGAGAAGACAUGGAAGUGUUUGUAGGGAAUUGUUGUGUAUGUAGAUUUGUGUUAAAAAAGGAAGUGUCGAUAAGUGCCCCGAUUCAAAACCACUGUGAGGUGCUACGCUUUGGACAAACAAUAUGUUCAAAGAACUCUGUUCUUUGAGUUGUAUUUCAGUCACUAGAAUGAUAUUGGAGACCUGUCCUAGAAUGCACUCGGCCAGAUAACUGCUCAGGACUUGUCGAAAGUAUUGUGUCCCUGAUAUUUUGACUCUUUCCACCUUUGUACGGGUAUUAAUUACUACAUGAUGUCAGAUCCAGGAGCGGUCGACAUUAGUAGUCGUGGCUUUAGACUACAACUAGAGCAGAGUUGUGGAAUAUUUGUCACAAUUUAAAAAUAAAUCUACAGAUAUGUGGGUUUAACACAACUGAAAGUGUCAGACUGUCACUGUAUAGAAUUCUAAAGCACUGACGGCACAAUAGUUGAGGAGUUGUAGUGAAGAUUUCCAAAGGGACAGUGUAGGUCAGAGAACUAUGAUGGAGAGAUAGAUGUAUGUUUAUCAUUAAGGUCUAGAAAAGGAUUGAACGCUGUGUAAAUAACAUGACCAUAUUUUUUGUAAUUUUCUUUUUGAGUUCAUUUUUGUUUUGUUUUUGUGGAGGGUUUUUGUAUGGGAGGAGCUUUGUCUGUGUUCCCUGCACCUUUGCCAUAAAGCACCAUCAAACAACGUGAGCCUCUGUUAAACUGGAGGUCGUAUAAAUAUAAACAUGAACCAGGAUGAAGCCUCGUGCAGAGGUCUGCUCAGCAUUUUUGUUCAAUAUUCUUGCUUCAAGUAUCAAACAUUGAUAAAAAUUAAUAAAGAAAUUUUAAAAUGA